UUUAAAAAUUGAUUAUAUUAAGGUGUAGAACGUUUCUUUAUGUUGUAUUGAAACUGAAGUUCGCGUGAGGAAAGUGUUUGUGCGCCGCCAUUGUAUUGUAGUUCAACGCAUUCCGUGUCAGUCGUGUCAACGUUUUCUUCGUGUGUUGAAAGAUGGCACGUACAAAGCAAACGGCCCGUAAAUCCACUGGAGGAAAGGCACCUCGUAAACAGUUGGCCACCAAAGCAGCUCGCAAAAGCGCGCCUUCAACAGGAGGCGUGAAGAAACCUCAUCGUUACAGGCCAGGUACCGUGGCUCUUCGAGAAAUUAGGCGAUACCAGAAAUCCACUGAGUUGCUCAUCAGGAAAUUGCCAUUCCAGCGCCUUGUUCGUGAGAUAGCGCAAGAUUUCAAGACAGACCUUCGCUUCCAGAGCGCUGCCAUCGGCGCUCUUCAGGAAGCCAGUGAGGCCUACUUGGUGGGCCUAUUUGAAGACACCAACUUGUGCGCCAUUCAUGCAAAGCGUGUGACGAUCAUGCCGAAGGACAUUCAGCUCGCUCGGCGAAUCCGCGGCGAACGCGCUUAAACAGGCAUAGGUUAAAGACUUAACAGUUUUCUGUAUCAGGAUUUGUGGUGGACGUCCUCAUGUUACAGGAUCAUUGUCAUUCAGUUCAUCUCCACAAUCAUUUGUAUUCGAUUACAUAAACCCCCCUACAAUACACUGCCAAGGGUUGGAUACGCAGAUUUGCACUGCUUAUGGUUAGUUUGAGUUGGUGAUAUUGUGAUUUCCCACAAGAUGUUUGCGAUGUUCACCUUUUUGUCUGUAUGAUCAAGUAUUUUAUACAGUUGGUGUCUUUUUCAAGCUAAUUAAUUGGUUCUUAAAUUCCUCGAAAGAAUGGUAAUAUUUGGUAGUCGUAGUGCAAGAAGUGUUGACGUAUUUGUUCAGAGUUUUAAGUUACAAAUUAUCUUGUGUUGUGUCUAGAGGAGAGGAGUUGUCGUGACCGUACUUGGUCGAAAUAUCCGUUCGCUAAUGAGGAUUCAUUUGCAUAUCCUUUUGUAAUAGUGACUGGUAUUUCAAUUAGACGUAGUUAGUGUAAUAAUCAUUCCUAUGGAAAGGGAGUUGCGUGGUGUUUAAAGUAACGUUAUUUUCGGCCUCGUUAUUUUUUUUUCCAGAUGACAUUGAUUGAUCAGGAAGUGUACCUAGCAACUCCUUAGGUCAAACAGAGAGAUCUCCAUUUUAUUUCUACAGUAUUUGUGCUAAUUACGAGUUUAAAUAAAUAUAAUUUAUCAUUAUCAUGUA